AAAUUCACCAAACUAUUUUAAAUUGGAAAAAUAAUGCUGAAAUUUUGGCUGAAUUUUUAAAAUCAGAUGAAGAAAUGGAGAUUGAAAAUAAUAAUAACUUUAAUAGUUUAGAUGAUAAUACAAUUUAUACUAGCAAGUUUGUUAAUUAUAUUGAUCGAAAAUCCACGAAUACAUCCGAAAUCGCUUCUAAAAAGCUUUGUUUUGAUAUUGAAUAG